GACUGGUACUUAAGCACCGCUCGCCAGAAGAUGCGAUCAGUUGUUGUGGAGUCGAGCAGCUGACCAGAUCAACAUGAGGCCAUACCAAGUAGUUUGCAUCGUGGCUGUGGCAGCUCUGCUGCUUUUGGAGGCGACUCCCGCGGUUGCCAAGCGGCGCAAGCACAAGGGUUCCGAUCACCACUACGAAAGGUCUGAUCCGCACAAGACCAAGACGAAGACCAAGUGGUCCAGCUCCACGGAUCUGUCUGCCCGCACUCAGGUCUCCACCGAAGAGCACGGCUACUAUGUGAAGCGCACCUAUGCGGCGCCCGGUGAGAUCGAGGCCGCACAGAAGCGUCUAAGUCCGCCCUAUUUGGCCAUUCCCAUCGCCUGGUUCAGCUGUGAGGCGGGCCAGCAGAAUUGCCAGACCUCCAAUUCCGCGGCUAUCAACAGUGCCGCCCAGUCCUUGAGCGAGGGCUAUCUGUGCGACGACGACUGCGAUGAACUCUAUGAGCCCAUCUGCGGCAGAACCUCCUCAGAGGUGGCCGUUUUCUACAACAAGUGCAAGCUGGGCGUGGCCAAGUGCCGAUCCCAUGGUCUUUGGGCGGACUUCACCUAUGCCGAGUGCCAGGAGAAAUAUCCGAAGGAAACUUCCUAUGCCGACAAGAAGUUCCGGUCAUCGCCCUAUUUCCGGGAUGCGGCCGUCGUGGAGCAAUUGCAGCUGGAGGAGGAGAAGCGUAAGCGGGAGGAGGAGCAACACAAGCUGGAGAAGGAGCAGAAAAAGAGGGAGAAAGCUGAGAAGAAGAAGAACGAGAAGGACAGCAGUGAAAGCAGCGAAGAGAAGGAUGACCAAAAGGAGAGCACGCAGAAGGAUCCCCUUUCCCUGAUUCCUCAGAAGCCAGUGGCAUCUUCCCAGGUGCCCAUGCCAGUGGCAGUUCCUGUACAAGUAGCAAUUCCCAAACCAGUUUCAGUCCUGGAGCCGGCAAAGACCACCGAGGACAUCGCUAUGCCCCCUAUGCCACUGAAGGACACUCCCACGCCAAAGCCUCUGGAGAUCGCGCCCCUCAACAAGCAGACUCAGCCCAAGGCCAAGGACAAUGAUAGGCUGAAGUACCAAGUAGCUUAGAAUCUCACCUAGUUAUAGUAUUUAUUUAAUUUAUUACAACAAAUAAAAUUCAAAACAAUUCGAAA